UUUAUAAAAAACAUGGGCUCUAGUCAAAUAGUUAGUCAAUCCACAGCUGUGAUUAUAUCUAAGGGUUUAUUAAUAUUUUUCAUCGGAGGGGUAACACUUUGGUAUCUAGCCACCCCGUAUCUGGUGCAACCUCAUAAACAAUUUAAAAUAGACUUUGAAAAAUAUGUCUCUGCACGGAGUAGUGAGAAUGACGGCAAGAAUAAAAUUGAAAAUUGGACAAAAUGGAGACUUUUUGUAGAAGAUGCAGUGAGUAACUACACGGUUUACCCGUUUGACCACCGAGCCGUAGCACUGAAGGAUGAAAAACUGAUGCUAAAUCUGGAGUGGAGACAGCAUUACAAAUCUUUUAUAUCAAAGGUAGAAUCAAGUCUUCACGUGGAAAGUGCAUUGCCCUGGUACAGCAGAUUCGGUCUUUACAAUCAUUUUUAUACUGAGUCAAUUCCUGGUGGGGGUAUACGCUUCAUGCCCAGAUUUAUGUUUGGAGUUCCUCACCCUGUACUUGAGGAUAUGUACGGGGGAGCAGAUAAUAUACCUAUCACGGGGAUGCUAACAGAAAGUGCUGGAGCUGACAGGCUGGUUAUUCAGUGCUUUAUGAAUAUUGUAACUCUAGCUGUCGUCUUCCUUCUCUACAUCAAUAAUCCGCCAAAAGAUUCAAAAGAUUCCGCAAAAAUAGAUUGAUUGAUUGACUACAAACAAAAA